AUGGGUCGAAAAGCUAAAUAUCUCACCCUCACAGAGAAAUCUGCUGCAUUACACAAACAGAAGGCGAACUACACACAGUCCAAGAGGUACGUCGUUAUAGUACAGUACAUAGUCAUCAUUCUUGAUCUCAACAUUGUUAACUACGCCAAAGAACACAGCCGCAAAGGCUCGUCAAAGCCAUCCCCAGUAUCAUCUCAGCUCCCACCCUUGCCUCAAGCUCUCAUCAAUCUUGCAACCACAUCCCUUCCAGACAGUUAUCUAUAUCGUUGUGCUUCUCAAAGUGCAGAUAAUCUGGAUGAAUCGGAGCUCCCACAAUGGGACAUUAAUCCACCCUACGCUACACCUCAUCCAUCUGAUACUGCUGCAGAGGCUCGCUUCACAGAAAACCUGGUGCAGGUCAUGCACGGCCGUAACUCACGCUUGGAGAAGGAACAGUUGCAACAACGUGCACAGAAGUACACUGCAGGAGGAAUGAAUGGUCUAUGUACAGAGUUGAAAGAGGCUAUUGGCACGCUGCUGGGACAGUGGACUGUGAUAGACACAUCAAGAUGGCUCGAUGCCUCUUGCAAUGGCAUGCGCGCACGAUUUAUCUCUAUCACACCGAGGUUCAGAAGAUGUUGA